AUGGCCAUGAUGCAGCAGUUGGGCGCUGCCGACGCACGGCCAGUGUCCACGAGGAGGCGUGACUGGACGAGCCCAGGUCGCCUCCGCCUCCGACUGCUGUUCUUCUGCCUCUACGCAGCCGUCUACUGGGCCAUUGUCGCAGCCGUUCUGGCGUACCUCCACAUCCGCCCCCUGCUUGUCGAAGGCUUCAACCAGCACAUUGUGUCCGCCCCGAGCGCCUUCACCGUCGGCGCCCUCAAGUUCAUCAUCACCGUCCUGGCCUCGGUUCUGACGCUAGGGCUAGCAGACACCGCCAAAGGCGUCCUCGAGAUGGACCUCGCCCUUCGCCUCCAAGCCGGCCUACCGGCGGGCAAGCUCAACCGCAGCUGGUCUGCCCUCACCGGCUCGCUGCUCGGCCUGCCUAACCGGUACACCCUAGUGCUCAUCAACGCCGCUGUUGGCGCCGCCAUACUGAGCACCCAGUUCGGCGUCUACACCACCGUGUCUUCCGACAAGGUCAGCCUCAACGUCACGGGCGCCGACCUCGACCAGCGCAACGUGGACGGCGACGUCCUGCCGUACUACCGAGAGGAUUCGUCGUCGUCCCUGUCCCGGUUCUACAACUCGAUGGCCGUCUCGGAUCUGCGGACGUACCACGCCAAGCUGGACGCCGUCGAGUCGUUUGAUAGGCUCGACGUCAUCUACAACUCGCUGGCGCGACCCGCCGCCAAGUUCUCGGACGGCAACCGGGGCGGCCUCAUUUACCAGCACCAGACGGCCUUUGGCGCCCCCUACGACGUGGCCAGCUACGCCCCCUUCUACGGCGACAUAUCCAACGACGACAGGGUGACCACCUGCGCCCAGACCUUUGCGGAGGACGCCAUCAGCUGCCAGUGGUACACGACCGAGAGCGGCGCCAUCUCGAAUUUCGAGGCGAGCAGAUUCGGCGACGGCGCCACCUUUGAGCUAGACGACCCGGCCCUCGACGGCUACGGCGGGGGUGCUUCUGUGACCCUCGACGAGCUGGCCAACGUCGCCACGCAAGAGCUCGACUCGGGCGACUUUGCCGUCAUCUUUGCGUCCAUUGACGUGACCGACUGGAUCGCCCUGAGCAGCAAGGGGCUGGGGACGUUUCCCCGCUCUGGCGCGUCGGGGCUCGUCUCCGGGAGAUGUCUCGUCAGGAAGGACCCGUUCCGCUUCUCGCCCGUGUCGUGGCAGCGCGUGGGCGACGCGGACGUCGCGCUGACCGCCCCGUUCGAGGCCGACGACGUGGGACUCUGCAGCGGCUCGGACGCGGACCCCAACACGCUCCUCCCUCACAACAACGCCACGAGCGCCGGUAUGGUCCUCGCAGAGCACAUCGCGGCGCUGCUCGUGCCGCCGGAGCAGAAUGGCCAGAGCAUGGGCUGGCUGCUCAAGAGCCGGCUCACGUCCACCCUAUACGGGGCGUACGAGACCGAGGACGUCCUGACCUAUGUCGUCCGGGGACUGCUCUCGGCAGGCAUGGUGUCGCCCACGGGACAGACCGACACCAUGCCCAUGGCGGCACAGGUCGACGCCAUCUCGUACUACAACAGCUUCGGCGUGCAGGGGGACGCGUGGAUCCUCGUGCUGCUCGCCUUACCGGCCCUCUCCACCGUUAUAGCCCUCGUAUUUUCCAUCAAGCUCUUCUUUGGGCGUAGGCCCGCCUUGAGGCCCGCUAACCUCUUCGAGGUCACCAAACUGAUCCUGGCGCCGCGGACGAGCCGCUGCACGCAGAACGCGGGUUCGCCCGACGAGAAGCAGCUGACGAUGCGCUGGGAUAUGGACAAGGCGAGCAUGGACUGCUGGGGUGGCUCAGACGCCCCCGUGAUACAAGCGAGCACAGAAGGGUAUGCUCCAGUACCGCACACUCUCCACGCAGACGGUUACAAAAGUUAG